ACGUUGAUAUCUACAGGGGGGAUGACUUACCUGAACCUAAGACUAUGCUACAGGCGACAGCAGAGGCCAAUAACUUAGCUGCAGUAGCAAGUGCUAAGGACAAAUACACAAAGGAUAUGGAACAGGUAUGUGGAGGUGACAAGGCGUACCUGAGUCCAGACGAACUAGAGAAGAAUCACAAUCAAACCAAAGAAGCAGCCAUUAAUCAGUUCAGAGAAGUACGCAAGAUGGGAGGAACAGAGUACAGUCAGGACUACGAGGACAAGCUCUUAACUGAGAUGGAGGAGUCUUAUGAGCAGUACAUCAAACACAACGAUAGCAAGAACCUGUUCAACGUAGCACGAACCCCUAUCACCCUCGUCACCACCAUACUUGCAAUGUACAUCCUGUCAGGGAUGUGUGGACUUGUAGGAUUCUACUCCUUGUCAAAUCUGGCCAAUAUGCUGCUAGUCUAUGCCAUCCUUCUUCUCUGUACAUGGAGUUAUGUGCGUUAUAGCGGCAAGUGGGUCAACGUUGGGACAUGGAUUGAUACUGGAACAGGAUUUAUAUGGGUUCAUAUGUAUGGCCCCCUGUAUAAACACCUAACAGGUAGUAAUGUGAGUACGCAAGCAAGAAAGAUUAAACAAGCAGAGAAAAAGGGCAAAUAAAACUUCAAGCUGAUGAAUCGUUUUAUCAAAGGCAUAUUCUCUUUCGUUUAUAUUAUAUACAGUCCAAAUCAGCUUUAUUUUGCAAGGAUAUAAUUAUUAUUUACAAAGUGUUAAUGUACUGCUUAAAAGCUGCGGGAAAAUGACAAUGUCUUAAAGAAUAUGAUGAAAGCAUAUAAUGAAAUGACAUGAUUGGAACACAUCAGCUGGGCAUGAUUUGAAGGUUUUGGAACACUACUGAUCAGCUGUG